AUGAGACCUCCAAGGAUCGUUAAUCGCGGUCGAAUCGGGCCGUCGUCUCCCAAGCCAAUCAUCGAUUCUGGACGCAAUUCAUUUUCAUCUGCAUCAGUCGUUAGCACUAUCGAUGACAUCGAUCCAGAACCAGAAUCGAACGCUCCACAACAAGUAGCACAAAAACUAGAACAAUCUAUUGCAGCAGCAUCUAUAAAAAAGAAAAUAUUCAUCAUUGUUGCUGUCUGUGUAACAGCGCUUGUUCUUUUCGGUAUUUCUUUCGGUGUAGCGUAUUCGCUUACCAUGAACAAAUCAUCAACCACAGCUACAACCACAACCACAAUUACAGCUACAACGACUCCAGUGACCGUCACAAACACUACCCAUAUAAAGAUUUGA